AAGCAAGCUGCAUAUCCUAAACCUCAGUGCAUCCAUGCAAGUCUUCAUCCGGACUGGACACAUCGACGACUGUCGCGUCUUGCAUCAUGAACCGAUCGACUGAGAUUGCUCCGUCCGCAAUCAUCCUGCAACGAAUGCCCCAGCAGCUGGAAGCCACGAACCGUGGAGAUGACUGGACCGGUGUGACCAAUGCUGCAACGCGGAGAAGAUUGCAGAAUCGACAUGCUCAAAGGAUAUGGAGAAAGAGAAAGUUACGACAGCAAGCCUCAUCAUCUGCAUCACCCACAGACACUCACCCCACGCUCCGCGACCAACCUCCCAACACCGAAGUCAUCCACAUAACCCGCGACCACGCAGCGAACUACAUCCCCGGCCGAGUAUGCAAAAACAUGCUCCCCGGCGCCCAAGCACGGCUAGACUUCUACGCCCGCCGCGCCUACACAGAAUACAUGCUGCACUCGCCCCGACCAGCAGCUCUGCACAUAGUCGUCCAGCUGAACGUGCUCCACGCACUGAUGCAAAAUGCUUCGAUCCUGAAAAUCACACCAGGCUCUCUCUGUAUCUACGACAGCCUCUCCCCAUUCAACCACCAAGGCCCCAGCAAUCCAUCCACCAACCUCCCACCAUCCCUUUGCCCAACGACCUUACAAACCUCGAUCCAGCAUAGACCGUGGAUAGACCUCUUUCCGCUGCCGGAACUGCGCGACGCUGUUUUAAGACUGAGUUGGACGGAUCUGGAAGGCGAUAUCAGUAAAGACCUGCUUGAUGUAGACGAGGCUGAUGGACUGAAGCCGAAUUUGGUUGUCUGGGGUGAGGCAUCUGAUCCUAGGGCCUGGGAGGCUACGGUACCGUUUCUGAAGAAGUGGGGAUGGCUUGUGAGGGGGUGUGAGGAGCUGAUUGAGAGUACGAACUAUUGGCGGGAGAGGAGGGGGGAUCGGAAGUUGGUGUUUGAGAUGGGUUGA